AUGGCCGCGGAAGUCAAUAUAUUUACCGUUACAACAGCCGCGAUAAAGAUCGCCGGGGGGGAACCUGUCGAAUCUGUCGAAUUACCUGCCAAUGCAGACAUCAUCGACAUUGCUACAUCGGAUUCAGGUGCCAGCGGUUACGAGACUGGCACCUCGGAGCGUGAAGCCUCACCUGAUGAGGCUAUGAAUACCGAAGCCUCACCCGAUGAGGCUAUAAUGGCUCAUGCCUCCCCUAGUGAGGCAGCUACCGAUCGUCCCAAUGACGAGUAUCUCGACAACAUAGCUGCAAGCAUCACAAUCACCUUCCCGCCUGCUGCUGGACUCCGCGCUAUUACCAUCGAGAACGCACACGAGUAG